AUGGCACCGCCUGCGAAGCGUCGCCGGCGGAAUACCGUUGAGGCGUCCGACGAUGAAGCCGAGCAGCCAAAGGCCAAUACCUUGACGAAUUUCCUUCUAUCUUCUCCAAACUCACCGGCAAAGAUACGGGCGCCGACUGCGUCCCCGAUUCCUGUGAAAAAAAGGACCACUAAUGGCCAAUCCUCCAACAACGGCAGCCCUCUUCGGCCGUCGCGAUCGCUAAAGAAUGGCACGAGCUUCAGCCCUAAGAAGACCAGAGCCGCGAGCAAAGUUGACGACAAGGGAAAGACGGCAGAUUUGAAGACUCUCUUUUCCAAGCAGGCACAAAAAGUGGCACGACCUGGCUUGGGAACCGACAGAAGGACGGAACCGAUAGACGAUCCGAUUACCGACCUUAUUUCCGACGACGACGAGAUAUCAGAGCUCAAAGCAAGCUCUUCCAGCUUGGUUGGGCAACAUGUGAGGAAGCGAUUGAAAGGCGCCAGCGGCGUCGCCCACUCUGCGCCCAGUGGCUCGUUGACCAUGAGCCAAAGAUUCCUCAAGCCCAGUCGACCUGCGUCUAUAGAUACAUUGAACGAUGAUUUACGUCCUUGGUCAGAACGAUUCGGCCCACGAAACCUAGAUGAACUUGCCGUACACAAGAAAAAGGUGUCAGACGUUAGGAAGUGGCUUGAGGAUGUCAUGGGAGGACGAAUGAGACAACGGUUGCUGAUAUUGAAAGGCGCUGCCGGCACUGGGAAGACCACUACGGUUCGUCUAUUGGCAAACGACAUGGGAUCCGAGAUUUUGGAGUGGAAUAAUCCGGCGGGCAACUCAACAACGGGCUUUGUGUCGGCAUCCGCGCAGUUUGAGGAUUUCCUCGGGCGAGGAGGCAAGUUUGGCGCUUUAGACUUGGAGGAGCCUGAGCCAUCACCCACACCGGCGAGCUCAAAUAACGCCUCGCAGCCCCCCAAUAACAAUGCGAAGAAGAUUAUUCUUAUUGAAGAGUUUCCAAAUACCUUCUCUAGGAGCUCGACUGCACUUUCUUCCUUUCGGCGCACCAUCCUCCAGUAUCUGGCAACACAAACGCCGUCCCUACAUACUUUUGGACAGCAGAAACGAACGGAGCCGAUCACACCUGUUGUUAUUGUUAUCUCGGAGACGCUGCUGACGACAACGUCUGCUUCAGCAGAUAGCUUGACUGCCCAUCGCCUACUGGGACCGGAGAUUCUGCGCCAUCCGGGGGUUGGCCUGAUCGAGUUCAACGCGAUAGCUCCUUCGUUACUAGCAAAGGCGCUGGAGCUUGUUGUACAAAAAGAGUCACGAAAGUCGGGGCGUAGACGAACGCCAGGACCGCUGGUUCUAAAGCGGCUCGGUGAGAUUGGAGACAUUCGCAGCGCUGUAUCAUCGCUCGAGUUUCUCUGCUUAAAAGGAGAUCAAGAUGCCGACUGGGGAUCCAAGGUGACGUUUACGAAGCAGAAGAAAGGAGCAAAAGAUGGCAUCGCCCUCACACGUGGUGAAGAAGAGAGCCUCGAACAAAUAUCUCAGCGGGAAGCUAGCUUGGGCAUCUUCCAUGCCGUCGGCAAAGUAGUCUACAAUAAGCGAGACGACAUGCCAUCCAACGACCCUGCAGAAAAGCUACCGAGCUAUCUUUCGCAGUAUUCACGGCCAAAGGCAUCACUGGUGUCUGUUGAUUCACUAAUCGAUGAGACGGGUACCGAUACACAUACAUUCAUCUCGGCUCUUCAUGAGAAUUACGUGUUAUCCUGCGAAGGCACAGAUCCGAUGGAUCUUUCGACUCCCAUGGAUUACGUCAACGAAUGUAUUGAGUACCUUUCAUUGGCCGACUUGCUCAGUCCUUCCCGAGAUGUCUUCUUUGGUGGACGGGGCGGGUUUAGUGGAAACUUUGGGGAUUCGGCAAGCCAUGUUCUUCGCCAGGAUGAAAUAACGUUUCAGGUUGCAGUACGCGGCAUGCUAUUCUCCCUACCCAACCCCGUCAAGAGAAAGACGUGGACCAUGCAGAAGGGCAGCGAUGCGUUCAAGAUGUUUUACCCCACGAGUCUCAAGCUUUGGCGAACAAAGGAAGAGAUUGAAGGUCUAAUCGAUGUUUGGUCUGGGAAAGUUCUCAGGGGCGAAGCCGAACUUCCGAUGAGGAAUAUCAUAGACGGGGCUAGUAUCUUUCGCCGCAAUCAACCUUCCGGCACCUUGGGCCAGAAUCAGAAGCAAGCGGGCGUAACGCCUACGUCCAAAGCUGCCCAUCAAGAAGAAGAAACCCGCGACAGCCCUGCGAUACCUACACUCGGCAGCACGGCUCGCCGUGAAUUACUUCUCGACCGGCUCCCGUAUAUGGCACAGAUUGCUCGUGGUCGCAGGUCGGCGGGGCGGCAGCGAGACCUCGACAAAAUUGUUUCGUUCUCUGGCGUGAACGUAGCACCGGACGAUGAGUCGGACGCUGACGAGGAUGUCGCUAUGGGAGAGACGUGGGCGACGGACAAGCCAUCUGAAGAGGCCACUCCCCGGAAGAAGAGGAUGGGCAUAAAAGCUGGCUCAGUUACAGGCAUGCUGAAGCAGAAGCUGGUCCUGAGUGAUGACGAUAUUGAGGAUUAA